AUGGAAGAACAAAAUGUCAAUCAUCGAAGAUGGGAUGAGCUAGCGCCCGAUGCACUUGGCCUGAUCUUUGGCCGACUCUCUCUUGAGGAAUUGCUUAUGGUGAUGCCAAGUGUAUGCAAGUCUUGGGAAAAUGUGGUGAAAGGAUCGUACUGUUGGCAAGAGAUCAACAUUAAUGAUUGGUGCUACGAUUCCACACCGGAGAAAAUCGAUAGGAUGGUUCGAAUGCUAAUCAAUCGAAGUGACGGAUGUAUGCGCAAGUUAUCCGUUUCUAAUCUUUGUGGCAAUGCCAUCAUCUCCUUCAUCGCGGACAAUGCUAGUUCUCUUCAAAUGUUGGAAUUAGUUAGAUGUGACAUGACCGACGAAGUGUUAGAACUGGAGGCAGAGAAGUUCUCCUCGGUCACCUCAUUGGAUUUGAGCUACUCGUAUCAAAUAGGGGCUCGAUCUCUUUUGGCUAUGGGAAAUAGUUGUCCACAACUUACCUCCCUUAGUAGAAAAAUGCACCCAACCGAUAUUCAAAAUGAGGUUGGUCAAGACGACGAGGCAUUAGCCAUUGCCAACUCGAUGCCGAAUCUUAGGAAGUUGGAGAUAUCAUAUCUCGUUGUGGGGACAGAGGCAGUGAUGGAGAUCAUUCAAAAGUGUCGAAAUUUGGAGCUGUUGGAUUUGAAGGGUUGUUGGGAGACUUGGAUUGAUCACGAAGAAUUGAAGUUAAAGUUUCCUAAUUUGAAGAUUUUGGAGAUAAAGUCAGAUUUGGAUGAAUUGUACGACUCUGAUAGUUGGGACGAGUCCAACGACGAGGGCGAUGAAUUUGAAGAGAAUGUUGUAUUCUUCUUCUUUGAAUGA